UGCUGUCCCUCCCUCCCCCUUCCUCCCAGGUCCGGCAGCAGGAAAGAAGUGCUGAGUGAGCGAGCGCGCGACGACAUAUAUAGCGAGCCAUGGUGAGCCGUGAGCACAGCCACAGCUACGAGCACCUCGUGCUCGACCCGGCGGCGCUGGGCUCCGCCUGCAGCUGGGCCGACCCGGCGGCGGUGGAGAUCCCGCCGCAGCUCCUCGCCGCGCUGGGGGAGUACCUUUCCGCCGGCCGCGGCGACGGGGACGCCGCCGAGGCCGAGGCGGAGGCGGACGACGAGUUCAUGAUGUACGAGUUCAAGGUGCGGCGGUGCGCGCGCGCGCGGAGCCACGACUGGACAGCGUGCCCCUACGCGCACCCGGGCGAGGCCGCGCGCCGCCGGGACCCGCGCCGCGUCGCCUACACGGGGGAACCCUGCCCGGACUUCCGGCGCCGCCCGGGCGCCGCGUGCCCGCGCGGGAGCGCCUGCCCGUUCGCGCAUGGAACCUUCGAGCUCUGGCUCCACCCGUCCCGGUACCGCACCCGCCCCUGCCGCGCCGGCGCCGCCUGCAGGCGCCGCGUCUGCUUCUUCGCGCACGCCGCGGCCGAGCUCCGCGCCGCGUCCAAGGACGACGGCGGCUCGCCGCUGUCGCUCUCGCUCUCGCCCAAGUCCACGCUGGCGUCGCUCUGGGAGUCGCCGCCGGUGUCGCCCGUGGAGGGGCGGGUGAGGUGGCUCGACGCCAUCGACGAGCCGUCCGACGCGGACGCGGAGGUGGAGGAGCUCGUGCUCGCAAUGCGGGAGCUCAGCUUCAGGAAGGCCGCCGCGUCGGCGCCCGUAGCAGCGCCGGUGCUGCCUCCCGUCACGGAGGAGGAUGGCCCGGACUUGGGGUGGGUGUCGGAGCUGGUGAUGUGACCAUGCCAGCGCCGAGAUCGACGCCAUCUCCGCUGCCGUCGCCGCCGAGGGCGGCAGGAGGCGCGCCUCGCGCCAUUCGAAUCGGAACAGCUUCAUUAUUAAGCGAUAUUAAUUCUAGCAUUUUCACGAAUGAAUUGCAUCAUUCUUCUGUAGAUAAACAAAAACAUGGUGCAAGUAUCGAUACAGCAAUCUGUAAGUGUGGCGUGUGUGUUCCCCCUCUUCUUUUUGUCGGAGAUGUUGGGCGUAGCAUAGCAUGCCGCCGUCCACGGUUUCUCCGAUUACCAAGUGUAUGUAAAUACGUACGAAGUGUAUUGGCUCAAAAAGCCUUCGCUGUUUCGUGAUGUAUCACUAUAUAUCACUGUUGUUGAUGUACUUUUUUGCA